UGUGGAAAUUAUUAUUUAAUAUAUUUAAUACAUGAUAAAUACAUAUACAAAACCUUUCCUAUUCAGCUCAUACCCUGAACUUUACGGCUUUCUUGCCCUUCUGACUUUUAUUUUUACUCUGUAAGCUGAAGUGCAUGCAUUGCUUGCAUGUAUUUAUUUUUUUUUACCAAUGAUUCCGUUUAGCCGCAGUUUUCUUCCCUGCUUUAUGAAACUCCUAACCCGAUAUCCGUGUCGCAAUACAUGGGAGUCAUUCUGUCGUUUCUCCAGUUAUGUAACACAGCAGCAGCCGCAGCGGGGUCCCGGAGCUCCUUUGUCCGCCUCAGUGGACGCGCACGGCGGCGUGACAGUGUGCAACCUGCCCGCUGACGUCACCGAAGCUGCGUUCAGUGAGCUUCUGCGUGAGUCUGUGUGUGUGUGGCGCUCUGAGGGCCGUGUGGCUGUCUGGCUGCGUGUUCCACUCUGUCGGAGUCGUCUAGCCGAGGCCGCAGCACUGCAGGGUUUUACCUUCCACCACGCAGUUCGGGACGAGGCCGUGCUCAGCCUGUGGAUGGGGGAUGGAGAGAGUCGCCUGCCCAGCUACGCAACACACCAGGUUGGAGUUGCAGGUGCUGUUGUGAACCAGUCCAAUGGUAAAGUCCUUGUUGUUCAAGACAAGAACAGGGCUAAGAAUAUGUGGAAGUUUCCUGGUGGAUUGUCUAAUCCUAGUGAAAAUGUUGGCGACACUGCAGUCCGUGAAGUUUUUGAGGAAACUGGCAUCCGAUCUGAAUUCCGAUCUCUUGUGAGUAUCCGUCAGCAGCACCACCACCCUGGAGCAUUUGGGAAUUCGGAUAUGUAUCUGAUAUGCCGUCUCGCGCCAGUAACGUACGAGAUCAACUUCUGCAAGCAUGAGUGUUUACGUUGCGAGUGGAUGGAUUUGGCAGAACUGGCCAAAAUUAGUGACGCUGCGCCCAUAACGAGCCGCAUCGCCAAACUGCUCCUGUUCGGACUACAAAACGGAUUUGAGAACAUCGAUCUAAGCAUGGAGGAAUUGCCUGCUGUAUACACCGGAUUAGUCUAUCAGAUUUAUCACAGGAAAAUUCCGGAGCGGUAUAAAUAAAUCUCACAGUGUGCUGAAGAUACAAUUAAAUGCCUUUUUUCCUAGAAGCCUUUUUUUAAAAAUAGAAGAAUAAAAUGGAUAGCAAUUUCUCACAUUUAAAUAUCAAUCCAAAGCAAUAAAUUCACUUUUUUCAACAACAAAUAAGAGG